AUGGUAAAAGCAACCGACGUUCUCUACUAUGCUGUACAUGCCGGAGAGCUAAGAGACAUCAUUCAAUGGCAAACAUGGCAUCAACCGGUUCACGAGCGAAAGCCGGAACAGGAGGCGCCAUCAUUGGCAAUCUGCUUCGAAUUCCUCGACCAGACUAGCCGCAGCUUCAGUGCUGUCAUCCAAGAGCUACACCCCGAACUCCUCGUGCCUAUCGCUCUCUUCUAUCUCAUUCUCCGAGGACUCGAUACCAUUGAGGAUGAUAUGACCAUUUCUCUUGACGAAAAGACCCCAUUGCUGAGGGAAUUCCACAACUACACGGAAAAGGAAGGUUGGAACUACCAUGGUUGCGAUCGAAAGGAGAAGGAUAGGGAGCUGCUUGUGCAAUUUCAAAACGUGACUGAGGAGUUCAGAAAAGUGAAGCCAGCGUACCGCGAGAUCAUCAAGGAUAUCACGCUCAAGAUGGGAAAUGGUAUGGCCGACUUCUGUCACAAUGCGGAGCAUGAUGACAAUUGUGUGAACACAAUCAAGGACUAUGACCUCUACUGCUACUACGUCGCGGGUCUUGUGGGCAAUGGUCUCACUCGUCUGUUCGUCGAGAGUGGUUUGGCCAAUCCGGUAUUGCUAGAACGCCCCCAACUCCAGGAGUCAAUGGGUCUUUUUUUGCAAAAGACAAACAUCAUUCGUGAUAUCAAAGAGGAUACGGACGAGAAGAGACGGUUCUGGCCUAAGGAAAUCUGGUCAAAAUACGUGGACAAGUUCGAGGAUCUUUGCAAGCCAGAGAACAGGGAAGCAGCUCUCAACUGUAGCUCAGAGAUGGUCCUCAACUCCCUCAGCCAUGCCGACCAAUGCCUUUUCUACCUCGCCGGUCUCAAGGAACAGUCCGUCUUCAACUUCGCAGCCAUACCACAAUCAAUGGCAAUCGCGACACUGGAACUCGUAUUCCGAAAUCCAAAGGUAUUCGAGAAGAAUGUCAAAAUCACAAAAGGUGAGGCUUGUCGCAUCAUGAUGCAAUCGACGCAGAAUUUGAAAUUGGUCUGCGAGGUCUUCCGGGGAUUCACGAGGAAGAUCCACAAGAAGAAUACACCAAGAGAUCCCAACUUCCUCAAGAUUAGUAUCGCGUGUGGCAAGAUUGAGCAAUUCAUCGAAACGAUCUACCCUUCGCAAGACCCCAAGUCGAUCAUGCAAGAGCCAGCGGCCCCAAUAGACCCAACGUCAAAGGAAGGCAAGGACAAGGCGGCGGCAGCUGAGGCCAAAUCGGAUCUUGUCUUCAUGCUCAUAGCCAUUUUCGGCACGCUCUUCUCCAUAUCAUGCCUCAUGCUUGGGAUUGCGUACGCCUUUGGCGCCCGCUUCGACGUGGCCUUCUCUGAACUCACACAAGGCAAGCUCAGCAAGCCAACAGAUGCCGGCGCCGCACAAUCGAUCAUACACAAGUACGACCAUGGAGAACUCUAG